CCAAGUCCCGAGAUGUCCCGCGGCCCCCGGCCUCCUCGCCCGCGGGGCCGCCCCACCCUGCGGCUGAGAAGCCCUGUUCUGCUCUUGCUGCUGCUCAGUGGCCUGCGAGCCGAUGGUCCCAGAGCCGGCAUUCAAGAGAAGGAGGUCCAAGGCAUGGUGGGCAGCAGUGUGGAGCUCAGCUGCAUUUACCCUGAAGGAACCAAUUUUGAUUUAAAUGAUUUCUACGUUUAUUGGCAAAUCAAUGAGCCCAAGACUGUGGUGACCUACUACCUCCCUGGGAACAGCUCUCCAGGCCACGAAGACAACCACUACCAGCACCGGGCCGAGCUGUCGCUGCACCGCAUGGAGCGGGGGGACUUCUCCCUGCAGCUUCGCAACAUCACCCUGCAGGACGAGCAGAGGUUCCACUGCGUGGUCAUCAGGAAGUCCAAGGGAUUUGACAAGGUUUUAGAAGUUUUGGUGAAACUGCACGUGGCAGCCAACUACAGCAUGCCCGUCGUCAGCACCCCCACCGCCCCUUCGCAGGAUGAGGAGGUCACCUUCACAUGCACAUCCACCAAUGGCUACCCGCAGCCCAAAGUCUACUGGGUCAACCGCACGGACAACAGCCUGCUGGACGAGGCACUGCAGAACAACACUGUGUUCUUGAAUGAGCGUGGCCUGUACAAUGUGGUCAGCGUGCUGAGGGUCCGGUGGGCACCCACCGUGAACGUGCAGUGCUGCAUCGAGAACGAGCUGCUGCACCAGAACCUGACUAGCAGCAGCCAGAUCAGAGAGGACUCAGACUUCUCCUCUGGCCGGAUCACAGACAUCCCCCCGUUCAAGGACCAGGAGAGAGUGCCGGUCGUUCUUAUCAUCUUGGGAACCCUGGCUUUGAUCACUGGCGUGGCUGUUGGCUUGCUCUGCAGGAAGAGAUGUUCCUGUGGAAACUACACAGGUGCCCGGAGCGCCCGGCCUGAGUUUGAGCCCAACGGCCCUCUCUGACAGGACACCCCCGCCCCCACCCAACGGACAUGGCUGGGGCGAUGCUUCACCCGGCAGCUGGCAAAAGGGUCCCUUUGUGAAACUCGGGGCAGUGAGGUGGACAGACUUGCCGCCAACUGCAUCCCUUACAGGGACAAGGAGCUGCCCCCCACCAGAGAGGCCUCCCGGGGCUGCCUCAGCGGGACCACGUCUUGGCUAAGAAGACUAUACAGGAACCACCAGGGACCCUGAGCAAGGAGGCCCUUUGGGGAAAUCAGCUGGAGUGUGUCCUUGUGAGCAGGCAUUCUGCCUUUGUGGUCACGCGUGGAAUGAGACAGGGCCUCGUGACGGCUGCUUCUCCACCACUGGGACGGGGACCGUGAGCCCUGUGCCGGGCACAACGCUGGAAGAAGGGAGCUGAGUUUGCAAAACUGAGUGGGGCACCCCAUUUUCUCCCGAAUGGCUCUGGGCAACUAGAGGCUAUGCUGGAAGGGGGUGCCCCCAGGGAGUUGGGAAGGCCCUCAUGCACAAGAUCCCUCAUGCACAGUCCUCUACACUGGAGCUACUGGACCACAUGUCUGUGUGUGUGUCGCUUGGCUUAUUUACAGCCUGUUACACUCGUGUGUCUGUGCGUGUGUGUGUCCACGUGUGGGUGGGUGUGUCUGUCUCUCUGCACAUGUAUUUGUCUGUGUGUG